GGAAGUACAUCCGUCUCACAUGUAACCCAAGUGACCUCAGGUUUCUAUGCGUGCUGCCUGGGUCUAAAUCAUAGCCAAGCUGUGAAACACCACCGUGGUCUUUUCACAAUUAUAAUUCGAAGCUUACAGCUGAAAGUGUAAUAUUUAUAAAUGGCUACGAUCCAGGAGCUUUCUCCAGACUCCGGCCGUGUGGAGACGCGACCGCCCGAAGAUGAGAUUGAGGGAGACGAUGAAGAUGAGGAGCUGGAUGAAACUAUGUUGGAGAGGUUGUGGGGUCUCACAGAGAUGUUUCCAGACUCAGUGCGAUCGGCAGCUGAAGUUUCCGCACAGUGUUCGCUGUCUGCAGCCAAAAAACUUUACAGUUUCUCCCGUGCAGCUCUGUGGGUUGGUACUACUUCCUUUAUGAUCCUAGUUCUGCCGGUUGUCUUUGAAACCGAGAGGUUACAGCUGGAACAACAGCAGUUACAACAGCAGAGACAGAUUUUGUUGGGUCCAAAUGCUGGCAUGUCUGGAGGAAUGUCAGGAAUGAUGCCUCCUGCUCCAGGGAAGCUGUGAUUUAUAUAUAAUAUAACAUCCGUGAGUUGUAGAAGAAGAUGGGGAAAGAGAGAGGGAGCGGGAGCUGCACAAAAGAAUAUGCUGUGGUUGGCCAAAAUCAAGAAGUCAUUACCCUGUAUAGAGUCUAAUGGAGAAUGAUCUUAAUGACUUCCCUCUCUCUCUGCCCUUCUCACUAAAAACAUUCUGCAUAGACUGACGUCCAAGCUAUGACCUUUUACUUUUUUUAUUAUAGCUAUCUAAUAACAUGUCUGUGAGAGAGAGCCUAUAGCAGCUUACUGGGAAUAUUCUGACUUGUAGGUUUAUUAUGUUUCUAAGAGGGUGUUUACGGUGCAAUGUUGGCCAUUGUAAUGCCAGAUCAGCACUGACAUUGUAGAGAAUCUAUAACUGUGGUUGAAAGAUCUGUAAUAUUUAUGAGGGCACACAGGGCCGAUGUUGAUUGUGAAAUUUUCUCUGUCUGCAGAUUACUGUUGUUUCUUGUUUAUGAUUCAGAAAUGUUCAAACUUUCAGAAGUGAUUCACUACCAACAGUGUCUUUAACAUGUAUAUCAUGCAUGUAAAGCUUCCUCGAUGUUAUUCCUCAGACAAAAGCCAUACAGUGUGCAGAAUCAUUGUGAAAUGUUUGAGAGAAAACUGUACUUUCAGUAAUCAGUGAUCCAUUUUUCUCCAUAUUACAGGAUUAAAAAACAGGCCUUCUCUA